UGAAAACUCUGAAGGACUUCCGAAAACUCGAAAAACCCACGCGGCAGCCAUUUUCGAAGAGACUAAAUUGCAGCAGGUGGGCAACUUAUAAAAUUACAACGCUGAAAAGCUUCCGGUCCUCCUGUAGUGUUGCAUCCAGAGCUUUGACAAAUACCACCGGAUCAAUACUUUCACACCUGAGCCAGAAUCUGAACAACAAGCUUCUGAUUUGAAGGUGUAUACCUGAGUUGCCUGUAUUCCCAAUAACUACCUGCCUGGAAAUUGAUUGAUUGCAACAAGUACCCUGUACUGCUAACUAGAGCUGCUUACGUGAGCAGCCACUGAAACAAGCCUGAACAGAUAACGUCGUCACACAACAUGGAAGAUGAUGGUAAUAUGAAGCGUCCCCAUGAGGAUGACUACCAAGAGGACUAUGACAACAAGAGGAGGCGUGGCGGGGAGGGGCAGAAGAUCGAACUCCGCUUCCUGCUGGCCAGCAAGAAUGCUGGAGCGAUUAUUGGGAAAGGCGGGAGUAACAUCAAGCGGCUGAGACAAGAUUACAAAGCCAGUGUCACAGUUCCCGAUAGUACCAGCCCCGAACGUGUGCUGACGAUCGGGGCAGACAUCGGUACCGCCCUCGAUUGUGCCCUCGAUAUCAUCCCGAAGCUAGAAGAUGUAAGUGAUGAGUACAAAAACUACAAAGAUGAAAACUUUGACUGCGAGAUGAGGCUGCUGGUCCACCAGAGUCAGGCUGGAUGUAUCAUUGGACGUGCUGGAUUCAAGAUCAAGGAACUCAGAGAGAAAACUGGAGCUCAGAUCAAAGUCUACUCCCAAUGUUGCCCACAGUCGACAGAACGUGUGGUGGCCAUCGGAGGUAAACCCAAAGUGGUCAUCAACUGUGUUGACACUAUCCAUCAGCUCCUUAAAACCGCUCCCCCCAAGGGACCUAACCAGCCGUACGAUCCUAUGUACUGGGAAGAGUUUGUGGUGGCAGAGUAUGGAGGUUACACUUCAGCAGAGGGUGGCAGAGGCAAGGGAGGACCCAGGGGGGCGCCACAAGCUUCCAGAGGCAUGGGCAUGGGAAUGGGCAUGAGAGGUGGUCGGCCUGGCAUGGGAAUGGGAAUGGGAGAUAUGGGCAUGGGAGGUCGUGGCAGUCGUGGCGGCGGCGGUAUGAUGGGUGGCCGUGGCGGCAGAGGAGGGAUGGGUGGCAUGCGUGGCAGCAUGGGAGGAAUGAGAGGUGGCGGUAUGGGAGGACCUAACAGAGGAGGUGGCCGCGGAGGAGGAUUCGGAGGUGGAAUGGGAAGUGGUGGAAUGGGAGGAGGCAGCGGCGGCGGCAGCAGCGGUGGCAUGGGUGGCAACAAUAUAAGCCAGAGCACCAUGGGUGGUGGUGGCAUGGGAGGUAACAAGCAGGGAACAGACUACUCAACCAAUCAGAGAUAUGGAGGAGAUGGCGGGUACGGUGAUGACAACUACGGAGGAGACAACAGUUAUGACGAGGGUUACGACAACUCUGGUGGUGGUAGUUACGGAGGUGGUAACACCAGUGGUGGUCACGGCUGUAACUUCACGCAGGAUAACACGGGAGGUAUGGGCCAGAUGUUUGGUGAAAACAACUCGUCUUCGACCCAAGUUACUAUCCCAAAAGAUUUGGCAGGAGCUAUCAUCGGGAAGGGAGGGCAGCGUAUCCAGGAGAUCAGGCGUCAGUCUAAUGCCCAGGUAGUGAUAGACGAAGCUCUGCCAGGCUCCAGCGACCGCAUCAUCACGAUCACAGGAAACAGUGAUCAGAUACAGAACGCACAGUACCUCCUACAGAUGAGAGUGAAGGGCUUGGAGUCAUCAUUUCAUUGACCGUUUAUGAUAACACAUGUAAAAAAGUACUCGGGAGGACCGUUCUAGAGAGAAGACAGGAGGAAGAAAAGGAGGAACAAAGUUUUCAUUGUGAAAUCAUCAUUAACAUUGUUGUGUGGUCACUGUAGACGGACAUAGUUUUUAUCUUCAUCGUGCAACAUGUCAACUUUCUCACAUACAAAUAUACUUUUUUUUUAACAGUCUACAUUUUCAAGACUGUGCCUUGUUUUAACAUUAGGCUUGAAUGGAGAUAAAUUUUGUGUUUUAUUCUCUGUUCAGUUGAAAAAUUGCCAUCUGUUUUUUUUCUUUUCUAUCGAACAAAACGUGUUCAGUUUGUAAAAGAGGAAUACAUUAUCUUGUGGACGCAUGUUUGGUAUGCCAGUUGAAUGUAGUUGCAUUGAUGAGAAAAUAAUGAUCUAAAAGGAAUUAAAAUAGAGUUUGGUAAUUCAGACAAGCAGUAACUAGACCAUGUGAUAGCUUUAUACUGGAUCAACCAUGAAGGUGUUGGUUACUGUAACGAUUAAUCAAAAGAAACUCGGCUUCUGUGUACAGACUCGGUAACCGAUGUCGAGAGUGACGUUUUCUUAAUGUCAAUUCAUCAUGUUCCUAAUCAGACAAAUCAUGAUAGGGUGGGAUAAUGAGGGAUUUAGAUGUUAACGAGAGAUUUUCAUUGUUGUUACUUUGGAUUUCAUGUACUUUUUUAUUAUGAUCAUAAAUGUAUUUUUAUUUUCACUUGUUCGUCAACUCAUCUAGAUUGAUUUCUCUUCUCAUAUAUAUCCAUGAUUGCCAUUGAAAAAAUCAGACAACUGAUUUUUGUCUCAUUACUUAUCGUAAGAUAUACUAUUUUAAAAGAAGAAAUUUCUUAAAAAUCUUUUCUCAAAGUACAGAAAUGAUAAAGUUAUUGCUAGCCCUAGCCUAAUUUACUGUAAGGGCAUAUAGUGAUGGCAUGCAAUGCUAUGUUAAAACAAAUCUGUAAUCUCUGAAAUACUUGGUGGUCUCUGAUUCUGUUGUUGGAAAGACUGUGAUUUUUGUAGGGAACUUUAACAUGGCUAUUUGAGAUUAGAUUGAUUAGAGAUAUGCAUAUAGAAAUGUGAAUAAAAUAUUGGUAUCUUAA